ACCACCCAUGGAAUCCGUUGGCUCCAAUUCUCCACGGUCCAGCACCUGGGCCACCACCAACGGCUCCCGAUACAACCCUGCCCAACAUGUAGCCGACCGGAUCGUCCGAGCUCUCCGCCACCGGCUCCGCCUCAUCCACCGCUACGACACCAACUUCUUCAUCUUGGGGGCCACCGGCAACGUCUACAUCGUCACCCUCGCCAGCACCUCCUCAUGCACCUGCCCCGACCGCGCCGUCCCUUGCAAGCACAUCCUCUUCGUUCUCCUCCGCGUUCUCCGCCUCUCCGUCGGCGACGCCUGCGUCUGGAGGCGGACCUUACGGCCGUGGCAGCUAGCCCGCCUCCUGGGCACACCCACAGCCCCCGACGUCGUCGCCGGAUCCCGGGCCCGGGAGAGGUUCCACCGGCUCUUCUCAGGCAACGGCGACAUCGGUCGAACGAGGGGGAGGGAGGAUGACGGCGCUGUUUGUCCCAUUUGUUUGGAGGAGAUGGGGGGAGGAGGGAGGCUGGUCACGUGCAGCACGUGCGGGAACUCGUUGCAUGGGGAGUGCCUUUUGGGUUGGAGGAGGAGCCGAGGCAGGAACGGGCCCAGUUGCGUGGUGUGCAGGGCCCAGUGGAGGGAGAGGAGGGAGCAGGAGCGAUACGUCAAUCUGGCGGGGUACGUUAGCCCGGAGGACGAAGGCGCCGGCGGCUAG